CUUGAGGUCACGGGCCGGUCGAACAGGAUUAGUCGGAUUCUGCCAUAGGCGAAUUUGGUACGCCGGUGGUCAACAAAAAAAAAUUGUAUAUCCCCACCAAAAAAAAUUGAAUAUACGGCAAAUAUCAGCAGUUAGUUAACUUCAUUCUCUUUCCCUUUUAGCUUCGGAUCCGACCCAUUUAGCUUCGUUUCCGAACCUAUACAAACUCGACCGUUGCAGCCGGACUUAAUUUUUAAAAAAUGACUACUCUAUUUUCCUACCGAAAAAACUCAAAUCUCCUCCCCCGAAAUUCUCUCACAUCUUUCUCUCUCUCUAGAAAUGGUGUCCAAGGUAGUGAAAAGAACCCCCACAAAAUCCAUCAGAAACCGGAAAAACCUCCCUUUCACCCAUCGCCGCAGCCGCACCAAGUCUCCGAUCAAGAAUACAGCCGCUGCCGCCGCCGUCGCCUCUAUCAACAAAUCAUUCCACACCUGCCACCGCCACCUCAUCAAGAUCUUCACGAAGCUCGCCCGCAUCGCCACCCCCAGAAAAACCCCACGCAAGAAGGGCUACAAAAUCCUCGAAAAAGCCCCAUCAAAUCCCCCCUCCGAUAUCCGGCGAACUCUAUUCACCGACAAAUACCCUCUCCCUCCGCCCCUAAACCCUAGGAAAAAUACCAUUUUCCUCGACCUCGACGAAACCCUAGUUCACUCCACCUCUACCGUGCCUCCGGAGAGGUACGAUUUCGUCGUCCGCCCCGUAAUCGACGGCGAGAAAUCCGAAUUCUACGUCUUGAAAAGGCCUUUCGUUGAUGAAUUUUUGAGCUAUUUGAGUGAGAAAUUCGAGAUUGUGAUUUUCACAGCUGGAAUUGAGGAGUAUGCGUCUCUGGUUCUCGAUAAGCUCGAUUGGAGGAAGGCGAUCUCGCAUCGAUUGUAUCGUAAUUCGUGUAGAGCUGUGGAUGGGAAAUUCGUGAAGGAUUUGGGGGAAAUUGGGAGGGAGCUGAGCAGGGUGGUGAUUAUCGAUGAUAAUCCCAAUUCGUAUCAAUUUCAGCCAGAAAAUGCGAUUCCGAUUAGGCCGUUUGUGGAUGAUCUUGGCGAUGAGGAGCUGAGGAAGAUGAUGCAGCUGUUUGAAGGCUGUGAUUUGGGAGAGGAUUUGAGGGAUUUUAUUAGGUACAGGAUUCCGACUAGGCUUUAGUGUUUAUAAUUUGCUUUGAUUUUUUGGGCUUGAUUCGUUUCGGGGUUUUGAUUUAUCGAACAUAUUGUGUUCUAUUUGAUGUUUUAAUUUCAAUUUUACGAGUAUUAUAA